AUGGACCUCGCCAGCGGCCUGCGGGAGCGGCUGCGGCAGUUCUGGGCCGACCACUUCUCGCAGCGCUUCUCGCCCCGGCGCCCGCCGCUGCGCCGCGUCUCCUCCACGUCCACCUUCUACCUGCUGGACCACCGCACGCGCCACGCGGAGCUGGGGCUCGGCUACGGCGCGCCGCGCACGCGCCUCGGCGACCGGGCGUUCGUGUUCCGCAGCGGCCGCUGGGCCGCCGAGGGCCCGCCGGGGCGGCUGAGGCCGGUGCUGCCCGCGCCGGCCUCCGCGGGCUGGAAGGCGCAGGUGCAGCGCGGCGGCCAGGUGCUGCUGGAGGAGAACAACUACCUGCGGCUGCAGCAGGAGGUGCUCAUGGACAUGCUCACCGAGACCACGGCGCGCAUGCACCUGCUGGAGCAGGCGGACGAGGCCCGCCAGCCGGCCGCGCGCCCGGCCGAGGACGCGGCGCAGGCGCGAGGGGGCGGGCGGCGCCCUCACCCGCGAGUCCUGGUGACACAAUAAAGCCGGCGCGGGCGGCUCCCGCGCGCCUCCCCUGCCAGCCGCCCGGCGCGUUUGUGGAGCCCCGCGCGAGGGGCCCGGGCGCCCGCGGACCGGCCUCUGGAGCCCGGGGUGGACAGGAGAUCGGGGAGACUUGGCCUCCCUGGACCUUCGUUCUGUCCAGCAGCAGCUGUGUGGAGCCGACUGUGGCUGUCACCUCCUGGUCAGCUUCACUCCUUUUCCCUUCAGUCGCUCUGAUUUGGGUCUUGCUCUGGAGCCAUUUUUAGACCAUGUUCUCUCCCAGGAUGUGGGGGAUCCACUCCCCCAACACACACACACACACACACACACACACACACACACACACACAUUAUAUAAGGUGCUGCAUGGAGUGAAUUGCACUUGUGAGUGACAUCGCAGUGCAACGAAGGUGAUGACACUGGUCCUUGCAAUCUGCAGCCUCUCUCCUGGAACAGGGACAGGCUGUUUUGGUUUCCUCCAGAAAUCUGAGUCCCAGGACUCUGGCCCAUUUCCCCAGAGCAGUGGUUCUCCACCUUCCUAACGCCGCGGCCCUUUCAUACAGUUCCUCAUGUUGUGGUGACCCGCACCCAUAAAAUUAUUUUCGUUGCUACUUCAUAACUGCAAUGUUGCUACUGUUAUGAAUCGUCAUGUAAAUAUCUGAUAUGCAGGAUGUAUUUUCAUUGUUACAAAUGGAACAUAAUUAAAGCGUAGUGAUUCAUCACAAAAACUAUGU